CUGCCUGUUUGAGGAGGAGCUAGAAAGCGCGUGACCCGGAAGUGCUGACACAAUAACAACUGCAAAAACAUCUAGGGCCUGCUUCUAGCUGAGCGGUGGAGAAUUCCUGUGUGAGCCAUGUCUCCUGCACGACAGCCUCCGCUAGUUACUGGCAUCUCACCCAACGAGGGCACACCAUGGACUAAAGUAACCAUCCGUGGAGAAAAUCUGGGCACUGGAGCAAAUGACCUUGUCGGGCUGUCUAUCUGUGGGCAUAACUGUCUGCUGACGGCUGAAUGGAUGUCUGCCAGUAAGAUCGUGUGCCGUGUCGGUCCUGCUAAAGAUGACAAAGGCGAGAUCAUCGUCACAACCAGGAGCGGAGGCCUAGGCACAUCUACUGUCUCUUUCAAAGUCCUUAAAGCUGAUAAGAUAGAUAUUCUAGAGCAAUCUGCUGUGUGGGUAGAUGAGGUGAAUUACUACGACCUGCGACUAAACCGGAACAAAGGCAUCUCCCCCCUGUCUCUGAGGCAGGCUGACCCACUGGGCAUCGAAACUGAUAAAGGAAAAGUUCCUCUGAAAGAUUUGGAGAGUUUGUUUCCGGGGAUGAGCGGAGAUUUCACGAGUGAGAAUUUCUCCGCCACUUGGUACCUCAUUGAGAACCAUUCUUCAACCAGUUUUGAGCAGUUGCGCUUGGCAGUAGGAAAUCUGAAAAAGCAGGCAAGUAAGAAGAAUGAGGGCAGUCUGGCCUGUGUGAAAGGAGGACUCAGUACUUUCUUUGAAGCCCAGGAUGCUCUGUCAGCUAUUCAUCAGAAGCUCGAAUCAGAUGGCACUGAGAAAGUGGAGGGCUCUAUGACACAGCGAUUAGAGAAUGUCCUCAACAGGGCAAGCAAUACCGCUGACACUUUGUUUCAAGAGGUUUUGGGCAGGAAGGAUAAAGCCGACUCCACACGCAAUGCCCUCAAUGUGCUCCAGCGUUUCAAAUUCCUCUUCAACCUGCCACUCAACAUUGAGCGCAACAUCCAGAAGGGGGAUUAUGAUGUAGUCAUCAAUGACUAUGAGAAAGCCAAGUCUCUAUUUGGAAAUACGGAGGUUCCUGUCUUUAAAAAAGUGUAUACGGAGGUGGAAACGCGCAUCAGUGCUCUGAGGAAUUUACUGCUGGAGAAAUUACUGGAGAUGCCUUCUACUCUGCAUGAUCAGAAACGCUACAUCAGGUACCUGUCAGACUUGCAUGCUCCAGGAGAUCCCGCAUGGCAGUGUAUCGUGGCCCAACACAAGUGGAUACUGCAGCUGAUGCAGAACUGUAAAGAAGACUUCAUUAAGGAGCAGAGAGUGGGUGGUGGAGGGCUGGAGCUGAACGGAGAACCUCGUUCAUCAGCUCUGAACAGAAUCAGUCACACUGCCUCUCUAAAGAGAGGCAGCAGCUUUCAGACACCUAGAGAUGACUCCUGGCACUUUAAAAGCCCACAACAGGUCAGGUUCGUGGAGAAGCUAUCAGACGUUGUCAUCAGUCAGCUGCCAAAUUUCUGGAAACUGUGGAUCUCAUAUGUUAACGGCAGCCUUUUUAGUGAGACUGGGGAGAAAUCGGGUCAGGUGGAGAAGCUGAAGAAGAACGCCCGACAGAGACAGAAUGACUUCAAAGGCAUGAUCGAGGAGGUGACUCGGCGUUUGGUUCAGCUGGUGCGUGGUGCUCUGUUGCCCAGUAGUCUCUCCGAGUCUGAGCUGCGUGUAUACGGGGGCUGGAACACCAAGGCCCCCCUCACUGGAGCCUGGCUCACACAGAUCAUACAUACUGUCAGGCUGAGUCACGAGGCUCUCUCGGCUUUAGAGAUUCCUAAUGAUCUACUGCAGGUGAUUCAGGAUUUGCUGCUCGACCUGCGUAUGCACUGCCUGCUCAUCACCCUGCAGCAAACUGCUGAAGAUGUCAAGAGACUUCCAGAGAAAGAAGACUGGAUUGUAGAUAACGAGGGAAUCACAUCACUGCCAGCCCAGUUUGAGCAGUGCAUUGUGCAGAUGCUGCAGUCCCUCAAAGAGCCCAUGGAGUGCAAACCUGGAGAGGUCAAUGUCUUUCAGCUGGAGCUAGCUCAGAAUAAAGCCUGUGAGCUGUGUGUGGGCAUUAUGAAGGUGUUCAUCAAUUGUCUGGAGCAGCUUAGCACUAAGACUGAUGGUGACAUUGAUACCUCCCAUUUGUCUGUAGAGAUGGCAUCGCCCGAUUUUUUUGGAAGCGUUCAUGAAAACUUUGGUCCAUCAUCAGAACAACGUCUUCUCAUAAUUCUAAGUAAUUGUCAGUAUUUGGAGAGACACACCUUCCUUAACCUUGCUGAGCAUCUGGAGAAACAUGGCUUCACAACAGCUGAUAAGAUCAUAAUACAAGUGAGAGAUCAUGCUAACGUUCAUCUCGGUCAGUCAGAAGGAUGGCUGGACGUGCCGGCAGGUGGACAGGUGAGCAUCGAGGCAGUUCGUCAGUUGGAUGAGCGCCUGCUUGAAUCAUACAUUGAGAAGAAGUCUGAUCCCAUUGUAGGAUCUCUGGAGCCAGGAAUCUAUGCAGGCUACUUUGACUGGAAGGACUGUGCACCACCUACAGGUGUACGGAGUUAUCUGAAGGAAGCUUUGGUCAGCAUCAUUUCUGUUCAUGCUGAGGUGUUCACCAUUUCCAAAGACUUGGUUUCACGGGUUUUGUCAAAGAUCGUUGAAUCUGUGGCUGAAGAGAUGAGUCGUCUAAUGCAGUGUGUGUCAUCCUUUAGCAAGAAUGGUGCACUGCAGGCACGUUUGGAAAUCUGUGCAUUGAAGGAUGCUGUAGUUUGCUACUUGACCCCAGAGAGCCAAGCUAGCUUUAAGCAAGCAGUUGAGGCCCUGCCACAGCUUCAGAGUGGGGCUGACAAGAAGCUGUUGGAGGAGUUGCUGAAUAAGUUUAAAAGCAGUAUGCAUUUUCAGCUCACCUGUUUCCAGCCUUCUUCUGUUCAGCCCAUCAAAAGAUAAGCCAAAAAUCAAUAAUCUGCACUGUGCCUAGAAAGUAAUAUACAGCACCAAGCAUUUCAGCCUACUAUUGUUAGUACAUGACUAAAACGUUGAUUACACUGUUACUACCUAAAUUAUGUUUACCGGUCCAUUAAAAGGAUCUACACUCAAAUAAUGCCUUCUGUCAUUAUAGAGAAGGUGGUCUGGGAUUGUGUUAAACUAUGAUGUGUAAGAAAAUACAAGCUUUAAAAUAAAAGUCUAGUCAUAUACACAUCCAGCUGAUAACAUAACUCUGGAAUUACUGGCACACUUGGAGAGAGUUGCCUAUAAUAAAACAUUGCACAAUAUGAUAUCCAAGUUUAAUUUACACACUCCAUGGCAUUUCUCUAACAGUAGUAAAAAAAAAAAAAAAAAAAGUCUUAAUAAAGUACUUUCUUUCAAAAGCAGUUGCAAAUUUGUAGGCACCACCAUAAACAUUAAAUAAAUAAA